ACAAAACGCGGCGGACCCGACAGAGGGGGAAGAAGAAGAAGAUGGGCUCUACGACAAGUAGCGGGAAUGCUCGACGAAGACCACUUCCCGGGCACGGAGCUGCCGCAAGCUCCAAGCAGGAAGUCGGCCCCACGAGGCACGUUUCUGAGGCAGGACCUGUUGAUAGAAGGACCGCCUUCGCCGCUCCUUCCGUACAACCCGCUCCUGGUGACUCUGGGCUUGGUCUUCCUGCUUGUGCUGCCCCUCGUCGUCUCGGCUACAGUAUACCUCACCAUAACCAACCCACUAACGAACCCCGAGACCGAGGAACCAGACGCCGACCAAGUGCUGCCCUUAUACAUUCACAAGGCGAUGAAGGGGGCGCCAAACACACUUUCGGAACUCGGACAGAUGGCUCUACCAGAUCACUGGCAGGAAAAAUCUUCUCUGCUUCCCGACGAGGGACUUUCAACAGCGGAUCCCACGUGGUACUCUAGGGCUGAGAAUGCCACGAGGAAUAUACCAAGGUCUCGCAACGGGAAACACUCCACCAGUUCAAGGAUGGAUCCGUCAGUUGGCGAGGAAUACGACGCUGAGCAUCGUGUGGAUAGACGGUUGCACAAUGAUCCCAAGAAAACCGUCGACCGUACAACUUCAUGGAUGCGUCUGUUCACUAGCAAUGAGCGGAGCACGGAUGAGACAUUUCCAGAGCUCUUCAAAUUCACCAGGGUUGCCAGGACAAGAACUCCUUAGCCAAGUGCCUAUUU